CAGUUUGCACACUGAUGACGCGAGGGACGGAGCGCGGUCCAGGUGUGAUGACGUAAGCUUGGGGCGAACUGACGGCGCUACGAUGGGUGAAGAAAGUUCAGUUGGGGAGACGGUUUUCCGACGGGGCUGCGGCCAGAGUGAUGACUCAGACAUCUGGGAUGACACGGCGCUGAUCAAAGCCUAUGACAAGGCGGUGAGCUCAUUCAAAAAUGCGCUGAAGAACGGUGAAUGUGUUCAGCCUUUGUCCAAGGAGCACAGUGGAAGUAGAACUAAGCGAAAAAAUAAGACGCACAGAAACAGGAAGAAGAAUAAUGUCCAUCCAACUAGGAAAUGGCGAGUUGGUGAUACAUGUAAUGCAGUAUGGUCGGAAGAUGGCAACGUGUACUUGGCUACUGUUCAGUCUAUUUGUGAGCAGGAGGGAACGUGUGUUGUAAUGUACACUGGUUAUGGCAACGAGGAGGAGCAGAGUUUAUCAGACUUGCUUCCAGCGGAUGUAUCCGAAGCAGAGAAUGAGGCUGUUGAACAGAAAAAUGGGACAGGCCAACAAUCAACAGAUGAGAGUGAAGCUAUUUCACCAGUAAUUAAACCUCGGCAAUCCAAUGAAGCCAAGCCAAAAUCUCCAAUGGAUCAGUCUGCCUGGAACCAUCGUUAUCCUCCUCGACCACCACCAACAUCAGGAUUUAGCUUUCCUGAUGAGAAGUUUCGUGGUCCACCACCUUUUCUACCUGGGUGGUUGCCCAUGGGUCUCACAGGGCCACCGUUAAUUCCUCCUCCUCCACCGAUGAGUCCAGAUACUACGGAUGAGGAUGCUGAAGCUUUAGGAAGUAUGUUAAUCGCCUGGUACAUGAGCGGCUACCAUACUGGUUAUUAUCUGGGCCUCAAGCAAGGGCGAAUGGAAGCAUGCAUGGGGAAGAGUCCUCGGUCUUAGGUUAUUAAAAUGUGAAUGUUUCUUUCCUAGGGAGAGGAGUGCAACAGUUCUGCUGAGGAUUGUGUCUAAAUGAAGCCGUUAUACACAAAUGUGAAUCCCUUGAAUUUUGCCAUUUUUUUGUAUUGAAUAGUAAAUAAAAACUAUUACUUCAUUUGCGUGUUACAAA